UUUUGGAGCAUGUCACAUGUAUGACAUAAAAAUAAUACUCUCUGAUAAAAAUCACAUUGUUUAUAACCCAACCCAACUGUCAAGGAAAUUAUUCUCCGAAAAGAAAAAAAAGACUGCUUGAUAUAGUACGCAAGUGACUAGCGCAUAGUUCGGAAAUGUCGACCAUGCCGACUUCUGCGGUGGAGUGACGUUGUGUUAAACGCACAAAAAGAGUCCAGGGCAUUUUCUUAUUUGUAAAAUCGAUACGUAAACACAACAAAUAAAUGGAGUGCACUGAGGAUAAACACAAAAGUUUAUACUGAAUAAGGUCUUUUUCAUUAUAUUUGUAGGCAACACAAAUUUAUUUAGUAGGACAAUAUGGAUGCUGCAGUGAUUGAUGUGCUCCAAAGGGCUGGAAGUCAGGAUCCAAAUGUUUUGAAACCAGCCGAACAAACUUUACGAGAAUGGGAAACACAACGAGGAUUUUAUACUGCUUUAUUUAACGUAUUUUCAAAUCACACCCUCCAAGUUAAUGUCCGAUGGUUGGCAGUUUUAUAUUUUAAAAAUGGUGUCGAUAGGUAUUGGCGAAAAGGCGCUCCAGGUCAAAUAGCAGACGAUGAAAAGGAGUUUCUCCGGGGACGUUUAAUAUCCAGGUUUGAUGAACCUGUGAAUCAACUCGCUCUCCAAAUUUCCGUUCUUAUCGCAAAAAUCGCGAGGUUCGACUGUCCCCGAGAAUGGAAUUCCUUAGUUCCAACAAUUUUGGAAGUGAUAAGAGGGCAGGAUCCUCUGGCACAACACCGUGCUCUCUUAACUUUACAUCACGUAGUAAAAACACUGGCCUCGAAACGAUUGCCGGCAGACAAAAAACUUUUCCAUGAAUUAACCACUAAUGUGUUCAUUUUUAUCCUCAAUUUAUGGAAUACCUACACAGAGUCGUUCCUCAUACUAGUGACGAAUGGAGGAGACAUUCACCAGGUCCAGGAGACUUUGGAAAAAGCUCUUCUUCUUUUAAGGAUACUGAGAAAAUUAGUUAUUAAUGGAUUUCAUAAACCGUCCGAGUCUCCGGAUGCAAUGCUCUUUUUGAAUGUUAUUUUCGAAAGAGCUAGGACGAGUCUCGAGUGCAGAAAAACGCUAACAUCGAGAGGCAUACAUUUGGAUGUGUGCGAUAAAUUUAUAAUCCAAGUUACCAAAGUUUUAAUAGGGAUUUUAGAAAAUCACCCUUUCUGCUUUGUCGAAUUAAUCCCCAGGUCUUUAGAGUUUUCGGUAUUUUAUUGUUUUACCGAAGCGGGGCAGAAUCUGGCCUUUGAAAGGUUUCUUAUUCAGUCGCUUAAUUUGAUGAAGACCAUUUUAUUAUCCAAUGAUUACAGGCCAGCUAAAGUUUUAGAAGAAACCAAAAACCCACUAACUUUAAGAGCGCACCAAUUAAAGCAGGAUUUUUUUACUGUUGAGGCGUUGAAUGAAAUUUGCAACAGGCUCGUAACGCACUAUUUUGUACUGACACCUUCCGAUCUCGAACUAUGGGACUCGGAUCCUGAAAAUUUCGGUGAGCAUUACAAUUUAGAAAAACCGGUGCUACGUACAUUCAAGAAGGUUGUAGACGAUGGAGGGGAAUCAUGGAAAUACAGCUUAAGGCCGUGUACAGAAUCAGUUUUUCUGGCAAUCUUUCAUCAAUUCAGAGAAGUUCUUUCUGCAGUUUUAGUCGAUUUAAUGCAAAGACAUCACCAGCUUGUGGAUCCGAAUGAUUUACAUGCGAUUUUGAUGAAAGAUGCUGUUUAUAAUGCAGUUGGCCUUGCAGCUUUUGAUUUAUACGAUGAGGUUAAUUUUGAUCAGUGGUUUUCGACAACCCUGAAAGAAGAACUCAAAAUAAAGACGAAUAACUACAGAAUUAUCAGGAGAAGAGUUUGUUGGCUCAUCGGUAGAUGGACAGGUAUAAAAUUGGGUGCAGAAUUCAGACCAGAACUCUACCGUUUAAUGGUGGAAGCUCUGAGCCCCGAAGAAGACUUGGGAGUUCGAUUAGCAGCGAACGACGCCUUAAAACUCGCAAUCGACGACUUCCAAUUUAACACAGAAGAGUUUUCUCCCUAUUUGGAACCUGCCUUUUCACUACUUUUUGCUCUUCUUAAGGAGGUCAACGAAUGUGAUACGAAGAUGAGAGUGCUUUACGUUCUUUCCUUCAUGAUCGAAAGAGUCGGUAGUGGGAUAAAACCACACAUUUGUGCACUCAGUGGAUAUCUUCCAGAGCUUUGGCAACAAUCAGAAGAUCACAACAUGUUGCGAUGCGCGAUUGUUUCAACUCUUGUUCAUCUUGAAAAGGCUUUGGGAUCCGAAAGCAAUCUACUGGAACCUUUUGUUGUUGGAGUUAUAUCCCUCAGUUGUGAUGUAAAUCAAGAAGGACAUGUAUAUUUAUUAGAAGACGGUCUCGAACUCUGGCUGGCUCUUCUCGAAAACACACCGAUUCAAACUUCCCAAAUAAUGGGACUUUUCAAAAACAUGCCUUCCUUACUUGAAAUGUCCUCGGAAAAUAUGAGUUUGUGCCUCUACAUAAUACAAGCCUACGUCUUUUUGAGCCCGCAGGAAUUCUUAAGAGAAAACGGGACAGUGAUAAUUGAUACUCUGAGAUCGAUUCUUGGAGAUUUGAGACCUGAAGAAGUUUUAAUGGUGAUGAGGCUUUUUGAGGCGUGUCUCAAAGCUUCUCCACAACAAGCCACACAAGUCCUAAAACCUCUUCUUCCACGAAUUUUCGAAAGUGUUUACAAAGGGGAGGAAUACCCUCAGGUCAUGAGCAUGUAUCUUUCCAUAGUUGCUCGCGUUUUUCUCAACUCACGAGAAAUGUUUGUUGAGGUGAUAAGGGAAUUAUCGCGUCAACUUGGAGGAGAUGCGAACGAAGAAAAUGUUCUUGGACAAAUUACGAGGGUUUGGGUAGCUAAAAUGCCUCUUGUUCAUCAACUGGAGCAGGAAAAACUUCUAGCUCUCGUUUUGUGUUUUCUUCUCGAUGCAAGUAGUCCUCCGAGCGUUCUUCAAUUUUUCCCACAAAUCUUGUCGAAUAUAAUCGAGGCUCUGAACGAUAUCACGAAAGUUGACGAUAUGGGUUGUCCUGUCGACACAUUAGUUCCGGGUGACGAGCUUAGUCCCUCACAAUAUGAAGAUGUAGAUUACGAAACUGAGCAUGCGAAACGGAAAAGAGACAUUGAAAUCAAUGAUGCUGUUCAUAGGGUUUCCUUGAAAGAUGUUCUUCAAAGUCAGCUUGUGACUCUGAGAAGAUUGGUUGGCGUUAAUCAAUUCGAUCUAAUGAUGCACGCUGUUAGUACGGAUAUCAAUAUGCAGCUUAAGGUAUAUGUGUCUCUUACAACGUGAACCUGGCACGUGCAAUCAAAAUUCACAUGGAAAAUAUUAUUCGAAUUAUUGAUUCAUCAUUUGUAAAAAGCUUUACAUAAUCCAUUCUAAAAUGGUCCUAUUUUAUUGUAUUAUAAUACUUGUUUAAUUGUAUCGAUAAU